CUUUCACAUGACUUCUAGAUGGUUGCCUCCGAUAGCUAGCUACAGUGUACCUUGUUUUUUAUACCCACCCUCGUAGCUUGAAGACACACACACUCUGCAGACCGUCUGAACUGAAAACCAAGAGACAGUGUGGACCUAUCCAGGACAAGUGCCGACCAAUCAGAAUGCAGUCGCCCAAGAGUGUGGAGACGUUAUUGAAGUCCACGUAUCCACUGCAGAUUGCCAUUCGUUGCUCGGAGACAGUGGAGACCAUUUGCCAGAAAAAUUCUCUUUCGUUUGUGGAACUGCUGCGACCAUUUUGCAGCCUCAAUGGACCUUAUACUCUCAAAGACGUUCAGGGUCACCAGUAUACGGUACGCAAUGUGGUUGUCAAGGUGACGGCCCCCUACGGUGAACCGGUGCCGGACGCCAAACUACGUAUUGACCUCGGCAACUGCGUCAAGUGGUGUUCUGGUGAGGAGGGGAAAACCCCGUGGUUCGACAAAUAUAGAGACACCUUUCUGGAUCACCUGAAGCAAUCAGACCAUGAGUGUAUCAAGCACUAUGUGUGUGUUGUGAUGGUAGUGUCCAGCACAGUGGCAAAUCCUCUGGAGGCUUUCUCACAACUGCUGACUGCCCAGAAACAGUCAGAGCAGCAAAGCAAGUACCCGAAGUGGCUCACACCUCACCUCCUCUAUCAGUACGUCCUGCUGCACGACCUCUCAGAGGGUGGAGACGAAAGAGCUAGGGAUAACUAUGCCAAGGUGGAGGGCACGUACGGUGGAGCCAGCUGUUUCUUCCUACACAUCAACUCACGAGCUUCUGGUUCUCCCGGGAAGAAUGUGCCAGACCUGUGGUCAGAUCUACUGAGGAGCAGCAGCGAGACUAAUGAUGAUGAGGUGGACGGUAGAUUCAAAUUAAAGCUCCGGAAAUCUAACAAGUCGUCGAAAGAGUCCUCGCCCAUUGUUCCCAAUAACAAGGGGAAAUCCCCCACUAAUAAUGCCGUACCUGAUCCAAACAGUGCUCGCAAAGAGCCGACACUUUUCACAAUAUCGACCUCUGACACUGACCUCAACAACUCGCAGGCUGUUGCCGUGGGAAACGACCCUUUGACCCAGAAUUCAGGGACGAUCCAUCAUGCACUCAGCAAUGCUGACUUCACUGGUGGAGAAUCUUGUGAAAAGUAUGUGACAAACGGUUCAAUUGAGGGGGGCAGGGAAACAGGGAGUGUGAGAUAUGGGCAAUGCCUAAAGAUAGAAGAUCACGAAAGGCUGGCAGGAUUUGUCCAGGAGCUGGUGGGGAAGAGGUUGCUACCUCACCUCUCAGAGGUGCUCAAGAAUCUCAACGAAUGGUUGCUGAGUCGGCGUUCUGUUCGUCGCAGUUUCUCCUCAUUCUCCAGUAAAAUAGCCAAGAUGAUUCAGGGACCAAGCAACUCGGCAGGGGAAGGGGUCGGUUAUGCGACCAACUCUAUGGAGGUCCAGUUGAGACAGUUGGCAGAUUUGGCUUUUCUCACUCAAAACUAUGACCUGUCAUUUCAGAGCUACCAUCACGUCAAGAAGGACUUCCAGAGCUCGAGUGCAUGGAGCUACUACGCUGCGGCCGUGGAGAUGUGUGCAGUGGCUGCGUACAUGUGCUCCUCCAGUAAGAGGGAGGUGGUCUCGUAUCUCGAGGAGGCAGUGUCCGUAUAUAACCUCUCAUGCAAAGCCCCGUACCAUGCCCUGCGCUGCUCACUACUCUUGUGUAAGAUUCUCCAAGAGAGGGGUCUCACUAGAGAGCUGACUCAGCUGUUCAUCAGGAUGACAUCAGAGGACGACGACCUUCGUAGUGCCCUCUGUCUGGAGCAAGCCGCCCACUCAUUCCAACGUACCGUCCCCUCGAUGGAGAGGAAGUUUGCACUCCACCUCAUCCUGGCCGGCCAUCGAUACGCCAGAUCCACUCAGAGGCUGCACAGCACGCGUGUGUACGGACAAGCACUCAAGGUCUACAUUGACAAGGGCUGGACACUAGCAGAGGACUACAUCCACUUUUCGUUGGCUCGUCACUCGUUCACGCUUCAUCGACUCUCCGAGGCAAGACGUGCGUUUGAGGCACUCCUCUCUCACGACAGUCGUCAGUCAACAGCUCAGCAGAUGCUCAACCUCAAGGAGUACAUCUUCGUCUACAAGCAAUUACAGUCACUGGAGCCCUCACCGCCCACACUGCCAGUUCGUCCGCCCACCUCCACACUGUCACAAGUCUCACAGGCCACACCCCUUCCCACUCUCCCAUUGCCGUUUGUGAACAACCGGCUCACAAGAGUCACACUCCUCACAGGUGCCCCGCCCACUUCCCUUAAUAGACCUCACUCAUUGGCCGGAGGCGACCAAUCAAAUUCAAGUACUUCACUAGGACAAUAUUUAAACUCUAAAAAACAACAAAGUGGAAACUCGUUAGCUAAUUUAAUAAUAGGAAUAAAUGAUUACGAUCACUCUAAAAUGAAGGCAACAAAGGACGAUUGGGUGAAAAUGGAGGAACGAGCUGCUGCCGGAGUGGGUGGAGUUUUGCAUGAGAACUUUAAACCCUCUGUGUUGAUAAUGGACGAGGCCAGUGAUAACUCCUCCUCUCCAGUCAUGGUCGUCAAUGAGCCUGUUUCCGUCGGUCUCGUGCUGAGGAAUCCUCUCAAAAUUCCUCUCCUGAUGACCAACGUUGCUCUGAUUUGGAGCUACUCUACCCCCGGCACUUCAGUCUCCUCUUUGCCUGCCUCCAACGAGGAGCGGCCUCCCCCCGAGGCAAGCUGUGAUGUGCUGGACACUGUACUACUGAAACCAGAGGAAGAAAGAAUGGUGACCCUUCGUAUUACCCCCCACAAGGAAGGCCAUCUGGCUGUGACUGGGUUCCUGUACAAUCUGUGUAUUGACACCACCCAGAGUGAGAGCACUGACUCCCCCGUCCUGAGCUCACACACUCGACCCAACCUGCCCAGUAUGGCCGUCAGUACUCAGGACGUUCUCUAUCAGAAGAGGCAUAGCUCUGGUGUGUCAGAAGUAAUGGCAACUGGUCUUCAAGGCAAGGUGGACGUCUGUAUCCAGGGUCAAAGGUUGAACCAGACAAAAGAGGAGAGAGCAGGAGUGGUGUAUGGGGCAGACCAUCGACUCAGCUGGACCGUGGCAGCACCCAUGCCUAAGAUUGUAGCGUGUCUCAAUUCUCUGCCGAGUGCCCUGAAUCGUGGGGAGGUGUGUCGUGUUGCCAUGGAGGUGUACAACUGCGGACAAGUGCCCCUCAACAGUCUACGAAUAGCUACCAGCCUCGGGGGAAAACUGCUCUUUGAUAAAGAAUGUGAUACCUCAUCGAGUGGUGUGUACCCGUCGACUCUCCUCUCUCCCGUUAACACGUCCCCUCCACCCACGCAUCCACUCCCUCACACCAUCACGCCCCCACACUGUGUAGAGUUGUCCUUACCGAGUGGGCGGCUAGAGCCUGGUGUGGGUGUGUGUGCCAAGCUAAUCAUGCAAGGGACAUCCUCUUUAACUUCAACGAGACAGGGAUGGGGGGAGAUACCGCUGGACCUGCUGAUCUACUAUGAGCCUGCCUUGGUAUCAGCUAACUCUAAAUUAAGUCACAGGGUCCUGCGUCACAGCUGCUCCCUCAAGAUCAACGAGUCACUGAACCUGAAGGCAACUGCUGUACACGCUCAACUACCCAUCACCUCAUCAGACAAGGAACAUUUUGACUUGAAUCGAGUGCUACUGACGGUGGAGGCUGAGAAUAAGCUCUCCCCAGGAGUGGCGGGGGAAGUGAGGAUCACUCAGGUCUCCUGUGUCAGUCCCUCAUGGAGCAUCACUAAGACUGACAGGGGUCAAGGUCUGCUGUGUCUCCAGCCCAGUGAGAGUGGGGUGGUGCAGUUGAGGGGGACACGACUCCCCGCACACACUACUAGCCUUUGCUACUCUGAUGUGCCCCUCGGACCAACAGUGAUUCCCAGCAGUGUGUUCCCGACUGGUAAUCUAUUGAGAACUGAAGAGUCUAUUCAGAAACCAAAGAGAGAUCAGCUAUCUCUAGUGGUCUUCUGGCAGGCACUGGUUACUGGUGAGGCUGACACUAUGUUCACGUACGGCCAUCAAACCAUCUCUGUUAAACUACCUCAGUCUAUGUCCACACUGGCGCAGACUGAGCCUACCUCUCCGUAUGACAUAGUCAAGUUCUAUCUGGAGCACCCGCUGGUCAGUGACUACCCUCCCUCAGGACUGUGUGUGGUCCCUGUGAGGGUGGUCCUACAGAACUGCUGUAGUAGCAAUGUCACCGCCAUGCUGGAGAUGAUGCAACCAAAGGAGCAGAUCGAAGACACACACAAUAGAUCCGUAGAGCCACAGUUCUACUGGAGUGGGGGCACUUGUCGUCGUCACGUCUCACUAAGUGCUGACUCAGCAUCGUCAUCCAUAACUAUUUACGCUAACUUUGGUAAACCAGGAGUGUACAAUCUCAACACACUCCGAGUGCUGGCUGCUAAGGGCAACGGCGGAGGAUACAGCACUCAAAGAUGGCAGAGAACUAGUUAUAUAACAAUUAAAUAAUUCUAUUUUGUUGUGUUGCCGAUAAUUUGUGUUUGUACGCCUUACUAGCUUGCAUGCUUAGAUUUGUGAUUAAUGAUCGAAAUUAAUUUAUUUUUCAAAGAGA